GUGACAGGCUGGGCUGGUAGCCGGCAGUAGGAGUCACGCUCGAAUCCCAGGGAGGGAGCACAGUCUCCGGCAGUGAGCUCAGUGAUCAGCCGGUGCACCGUCACCGUGUGUCUCCGGGAGCGGAUCUGCAUUCUCCAGCCUUGGAUUGAUGCUCUUUUGUUGGAAUCUUCCUAUGCAGCAUCGCCGUGCGUCCUCCUGAUCCCCCGUGCAUCCUCCUGCGCUCCCGGCUCCACUGCUGCUCCCGCAUCCUGCUGCCUGCAAUGCACUGAGCACCGGAGCCGCAAUCAUGACCGUGGAUUUCGAAGAAUGUAUCAAGGAUUCUCCCCGGUUUCGGGCAGCGAUAGAUGAGGUGGAAACAGAUGUGGUAGAAAUUGAAGCAAAACUUGACAAGUUGGUGAAACUAUGCAGUGGGAUGCUAGAAGCUGGCAAAGUCUACCUUACAACCAAUAAGCACUUUGUAAGUGGCAUCCGAGACUUGUCCCAACAGUGCAAGAAAGAUGAGAUGAUCUCGGAGUGUUUGGACAAAUUUGGGGAUAGUCUACAGGAAAUGGUCAAUUACCAUAUGAUCCUUUUCGAUCAGGCACAGCGCUCUGUACGACAGCAGCUCCACACCUUUGUUAAAGAAGAUGUGAGAAAGUUCAAGGAAUCGAAGAAGCAUUUUGACAAAGUGAGAGAAGACUUGGAUAUUGCACUAGUGAAAAAUGCUCAGGCCCCCCGCCAUAAACCACAUGAGGUAGAAGAAGCUACGGGUACCCUGACAAUUACAAGGAAAUGCUUCCGGCACCUGGCCCUGGACUAUGUACUACAAAUAAAUGUCUUACAAGCCAAAAAGAAGUUUGAAGUUCUGGAUGCUAUGUUGUCAUUCAUGCAUGCCCAAUACACUUUCUUCCAGCAAGGAUAUAGUUUACUAAAUGAGCUGAAUCCAUACAUGAAGAAGCUGGCUUCAGAGUUGGACCAAUUAGUCAUUGACUCGGCUGUAGAGAAAAGAGAGAUGGAACACAAGCAUGCCACGAUACAGCAAAGGACCCUACUCCAGGAUUUCUCUUAUGAUGACUCCAAAGCAGAGUUUAAUGUGGAUGCCCCCAAUGGGGUUGUAAUGGAAGGCUACCUCUUCAAAAGGGCGAGCAAUGCUUUCAAGACUUGGAAUCGUCGGUGGUUUUCCAUACAAAACAGUCAACUCGUUUACCAGAAGAAGCUGAAGGAUGGUCUGACUGUGGUGGUGGAGGACCUUAGACUGUGCUCGGUGAAGCCCUGCGAAGACAUAGAAAGAAGGUUUUGUUUUGAAGUUGUUUCACCCUCCAAGAGCUGCAUGCUACAAGCGGAUUCUGAGAAGCUACGACAAGCCUGGAUCCAAGCCGUGCAGGCCAGCAUUGCCUCUGCCUACAGGGAAAUCCCAGAUAACUACUAUAUAGAGAGACUUGACAGGACAGCAUCCCCGUCCACGAGUAGCAUUGAUUCUGCCAGUGACUCGAAGGAACGUAGCAUCAAGGGAGAAAGCAUCUUGCAGAGGGUGCAGAGCAUUGCUGGUAAUUACCAGUGCUGUGAUUGUGGACAGACGGACCCCCGGUGGGCCAGCAUCAAUUUAGGAAUCACACUCUGCAUUGAAUGCUCAGGAAUUCACAGGAGUCUUGGAGUGCAUUGUUCUAAAGUCCGCUCCCUUACAUUGGAUUCCUGGGAGCCAGAGCUGCUUAAGUUGAUGUGUGAGCUGGGAAAUAGCACAAUAAACCAGAUCUACGAGGCAAAGUGUGAACAGCUAGGUUUGAAAAAGCCAACACCAGGAAGUUCUCGACAGGACAAAGAGGCCUGGAUAAAAGCAAAGUAUGUGGAGAAGAAGUUCUUGAAGAGGUUGGGAAGCGUAGAUGUAGAAAACGAGCGAAAGUCACAGAGGUGGAGCGUGAAAAAAUGUCAGCGAAGUAACAGCUCCAUAAAAGCUCCAUCUGCACGGAGGAGGUACAGGCAUGAAGGUGGAAACACAUCUCCAGCCAUGCUCUCCUCAGCUGCAAAAUUGGAGCGUAAAUUCCGUCGAGACUCCUUGUUUUGCCCAGAUGAAUUGGAUUCGCUCUUCUCUUACUUUGACACCGGCUCUGGUCCACGUAGUCUGAGCAGCGACAGCGGUCUGGGGGGCAGCACAGAUGGAAGCAAUGAUGUCCUAGUGUUUGGCUCAGUGGUUGACAGUGUCACAGAAGAAGGGUGUGAAGUGUCAGAAGAGUCUAGUGGAGAAGCAGAGACAGAACAGGAGCCUUCCGACCCAGAGGACCUGCGAGAGCUUCACCCUGGACUGCUGAUGUACAAAGCAUCCCGGGCAAGAAACCUGCCGAUCAUGGCUGAAGCACUUGCCAAUGGGGCUAAUGUCAACUGGGUGAACGAUGAGGAUGAGAGCAAGACGCCUCUAAUUCAGGCUGUAAUCGGGGGCUCACUGAUAGCUUGUGAGUUCCUGCUGCAGAAUGGGGCAGAUGUAAACCAGACUGAUAUGAGAGGACGAGCACCUAUACAUCACGCAACGUAUCUGGGGCACACUGGUCAGGUUUGUUUGUUCUUGAAACGAGGGGCCAAUCAACACGCCGUGGAUGACGAUGGUCAGGAUCCUCUGAGUAUAUCCGUGCAGGCCGCUAAUGCAGAUAUCGUCACUUUGCUACGACUUGCCCGGAUGAACGAAGAGAUGAGAGAAGCAGAGGGGCCGUUCGGACAACCAGGUCAAUAUCCCAGCAACAGUCCAACAGAACAGCAGUACAGGAAAUGCAUCCAGGAGUUCAUCUGCCUUAAUAUAGAUGAGUGUUAGUCAGACAAAGUCCCUCAAGGGGGCACAGCUGAUCCCUACUUUUUUUUUAUUUCGAACUUUUUCCACUAGCUGCUCUCGGCAACCUUUUUUUGGAAACCUGCAUGGGGAUUGUCUUCUGGCAUCAGGGGAGGGAAGGAUCACUUGUGGAUCAGGGGCACAACUAAACCAAAAUAUUUUUUGUUGUUGAAAGGGUUAUUACUAUUUUUGUCCCUAUCACUGCCAGGAGCAAAAGGCAAGAUGAUGUAUUCAUGUUUUAUGUACUGUUUAGCACUUUUACAAACUGUGAUUCUUUUAGAUUUUUAAGUUAUAAAGAUCAGAACAGACACUGAGACGACUGAGUCAGUGGGAGAACCUGCGGCUCUUCUGCCUCUUUAGUGCCUGUCUAUUUAUUUAUUUAGGGGUACAGUUAAAGGGACCCAGCUGAGUCAGUGAAAGGUACUUCUACAUUCAGGGACCUUGCUUGCACCAGCUGCCCAGCUUAAGGGGUUUUGUCCUGAUGCAUUUUAAAGGGGGUCCGCUCUGUCAUAACAUCUUCCGCUUUAGUGACUGAACGGUGGGGUGUGGAUGUCAAUCUUGGCGAGUGGUGGGGUUCGGGGCAAUUUGCUAUAAUGCUGCGUGGGUUAUCCUUAGCGACCCGCCUUAAAAAGCACUUUUCCUACUCUAAGGUUGUCUAUUUCUCGGUGCUUAUAUUUUACUGUGCUAAUUACACAUGAAUUACGGCUUUCCCGAUCCUUGCCUAGAUGUGCUGUGCUUUGUCUUAACUUCUUCACUGCCAGAGAGUACAUAAGAAGGAGAGAAAUACAGGUGACAUUUGUGAAGCAUUGCUGUGAGCUUGGACAUUUAUGCUCUGGAUAGACUUAAAAAAAAAAAAUAUCCCAAAUAUUUAUUUUUUUUUAGAGCACAAAAUAUGAAUGGAUGCUUGUCUGGGCAUCUCUUAAGCCUCUAAAAUCCCAUUUUUAUGGAAUUAGCUUUUUCUCUGCAUGUUGGCAUUGCAUUUUCCUCUUGGGUUACUGAUGCUCUAUUGAUUUUUCGCUUUGUACGUGUCUCUCUUACCAUGCACAAUUUCUCCUUCAGCACUUCCAAUGUGUUUCUUUGUCUUUCCCCUACUUCUUGUGUGCCUCUCUCUCUUAUCAUAUCUGGUUCUCGUGGAAAGUAACAGGUUGUCCUGCACCAGCAGUGAAAAGGUUAAAUGUAGUGCCUCCUUAAAGGGAACCUGACAUCCCGCUGUUCCUUUUUUUUUUUUUUUUUUACUAUGCCCAUAACCAUAUUCUGUCAUGUGUUUCCCGAGGUGGCCCUUCUUCUGCAUUUAUGUAGCAUGGUUGUUGUGAAAAGCCACUUUAUUCCAUGGUAAAUUCCGUCUCUUUGAAGUCAAGGAGGAAGGAUCUUCCCUGCAGCAAGUCAUGCUCGCCAUGCCCUUUUACCCUUGAUGGACAUUUUGGACCUGUGUCCACGUCAUUUUCCCGUGUCUCCUAUUGUUGCGCAUGUGCACACUGUCUGAGCCAUGGCGCAUACGAGGUGAAGCUUGGCUGUAUAUCGUCUGAAUUCACGGUUUCCAUAGAAGGAGACACGGUAGGUUGACGUGGACACAGGUCUGAAAUGUCCAUCAAUAGGAAGAGGGCAGGAAAAGGGAGCGACGAUCAUGACUGCCUUCUUGACUUCACAGAAGGAAUUUACAUACACGGGGACCAUGGAAGAAAGUGGCUUUUCACGACAACCAUGCUACACAAAAGCAGAAGGGCCACCUUGGGAAACACGUUAUAGGAGUAAUAAGAUAAUGGGCAUAGUAAAAAAUGGAAAAGUGGAAUGUCAGGUCCUCCAUGUAGGAUACAGUGCACUAAAUGAAUUUAUAAAGGCUUAUAUCUCUAUUUAUGCCCUACCUUGCAACUUACCGCGGCACUACCCUCAUACUGGACUGGUACAUUUGGUGAGUUCUGAGAAGGCUCCGUGGAUUCCAGUUGAGGAUUAGGCUACUUUCACACCAGUGUUUUUGCUGGAUCCGUCAUUGAUCAGCAAAAAACGCUUCCGUUCUGAUAAUACAACGAUCUGCAUCCGUUUAUGAACGG